UAAGGAAGAGGAGAUAUAAUGAAAUCUUUUUCUCACCUUAUAUCUUUCUUCCUCACAGAAGCUACUGAUAGCUUCUUCUUCUUCUUGUAGUCAUUUACAGCAAUGGCUUCCUCACUCUCUGCAUUACCUCUCGCUGAUCGAAACUUUCGCAAAAAUUCUUCCCUUUCGCACUCUUCGUCCUCUCGUUUCGUUCUUAGAGCAAGAGCCGCCGCAAAAGAGGUUCACUUCAACCGUGAUGGCUCUGUCACCAAGAAGCUCAAGGCAGGUGCAGAUAUGGUAGCAAAGCUAUUAGGCGUUACAUUAGGUCCAAAGGGACGAAACGUGGUGUUGCAGAACAAGUAUGGACCUCCCAAGAUCGUCAAUGACGGUGAAACUGUUCUCAAAGAGAUAGAGUUGGAGGAUCCGUUGGAGAAUGUUGGAGUGAAACUUGUGAGGCAAGCAGGUGCUAAGACUAAUGACCUUGCUGGUGAUGGUUCCACUACAUCUAUAGUGCUUGCUCAUGGCCUUAUCACUGAAGGUAUUAAGGUGGUUUCUGCUGGGAUAAAUCCAAUCCAAGUUGCUCGUGGUAUUGAUAAAACCGCAAAAGCUCUUGUUUUAGAGCUCAAGUCUAUGUCUAGAGAGAUUGAGGAUCAUGAGCUUGCUGAUGUUGCAGCAGUUAGUGCAGGGAACGACUACGAAGUGGGGAACAUGAUUGCAAAUGCUUUUCAGCAAGUAGGAAGGAGUGGUGUAGUUACGAUAGAGAAAGGCAAAUACCUAGUGAACAAUCUUGAGGUUGUGGAAGGAAUGCAGUUUAAUCGUGGCUACUUAUCUCCUUACUUUGUUACUGAUAGAAGGAAGAGAGAAGUUGAGUUCCAUGAUUGCAAGCUGCUAUUGGUUGAUGAGAAAAUAACAAAUCCAAAAGAUAUGUUCAAGAUACUGGACUCUGCUGUUAAAGAGGAGUUUCCAGUUCUUAUAGUUGCUGAGGAGAUUGAGCAAGAUGCUCUUGCUCCUGUUAUCAGGAACAAACUGAAAGGUAACCUGAAGGCGGCAGCUAUCAAAGCUCCUUCCUUUGGUGAGCGCAAGAGCCAUUGCUUGGAUGAUCUUGCUAUCUUAACUGGAGCUACUGUGAUCAGAGAUGAGAUGGGGUUGAGCUUAGAGAAGGCAGGAAAAGAAGUUUUAGGAACAGCAAAAAGGGUUCUUGUAACUAAGGACUCAACACUGAUUGUUACUAAUGGGGAUACUCAGAAAGCAGUUGAGGAAAGGGUUUCUCAGAUUAAAAAACUUGUCCAGAACACUGAGGAAAAUUUUCAGAAGAAGAUUCUCAAUGAAAGGAUAGCCAGAUUAUCCGGUGGAAUUGCAUUAAUCCAGGUAGGUGCACAGACGCAAGUAGAGUUGAAGGAUAAACAGCUAAAGGUUGAAGAUGCCCUGAAUGCAACUAAGUCAGCAAUUGAAGAAGGGAUUGUAGUUGGUGGUGGUUGUGCCCUCUUGAGACUGGCUGCUAAAGUAGACAGCAUCAAAGACACCCUAGACAACACAGAACAAAAGAUUGGAGCUGAAAUAUUCAAGAAAGCAUUGAGCUACCCUAUUAGACUUAUAGCCAAAAACGCUGGCACUAAUGGGAAUAUUGUCAUAGAAAAGGUCUUAUUGAACGAAAACAUGAUGUACGGUUACAACGCUGCAAAGAAUCAAUACGAAGAUCUGAUGAUGGCUGGUAUCAUCGAUCCGAGCAAGGUAGUGAGAUGUUGCUUGGAACACGCUGCAUCAGUGGCUAAUACGUUUCUGACGUCAGACGCUGUUGUGGUUGAGAUCAAAGAAAACAAACCGAGGCCAAUGAUUAACCCACCGAUGCCUACUUCUCCAGCUGCAUCCUCCAUGUUCCCUGACAGAAACUCCCCAAGAUUCCCUCAAAUUAUGCCUAGAACUCGAAACCACUUUCCAAGGAAGUAGGACAGCAUCUACUUUUAGAAAAUGUAUAAACGAGAAGGUCACGUUUAAUGUAAUCUCGAAACUUUACUACACGUGUGUAAAGAUGUAUGCGUCAUAUACUCGUAAACGUGUCAAAGCUAGAAGCUUUUCUUCUUCUUACAAGCAUUUGUAGUUAUCACUAAAGACGAGAUCUUGUCGUAGCGGAGAAUUUUUAAGAGAA